GAGCUGAUGCAUUAUGUGUAAUGUAGACCCGUGCAAAGCCCUGGUGUGAAUGUUGAUUACAUAAGUAUUCAUUCGAACCAGCGAGCUAUCGCUAGGCUACCCCCGGAUUAUAUUUACUCUCAGCCUUGCAUCUUUUUCUCGAGGUUUCAUCAUUUGAGGCUCUGAACCUUGGAUCUUUAAAUACAAUAACUAUCGCAAUUAUGUCUGGUCGACGCGAUUUUCUCAGUCAAAAGGCACCCGAGAAUUAUGUUGCUGGUUUAGGUCGAGGGGCCACAGGUUUCACAACACGAUCUGAUUUAGGUCCUGCGCGAGAAGGCCCAAGUGAAGAUCAAAUCAAGGAAGCUCUUGCAAAGCGCGCUGCUCAACUUGGUCAAGCAGCUCCUACAGCAUACGGAGCUACCGAAAAGAAAGAAGAUGAUGAGGACGAUGAGCGGUUUCAAGAUCCAGAUAACGAGGUUGGCUUAUUCUCAGGCGGCGUCUAUGAUCAGGACGAUGAUGAGGCAGACAGGAUAUACCAAGAAGUAGAUGAGAAGAUGGAUAGACGGCGGAAAAUAAGAAGGUUUGUCUCCCCCUCUAUCAUAAUCCCAAUCCUCCAAUGCAUUUAGUUUAUCAUGAAAAUAGAUGAGCAGAUUACCGACGAUUUUACCUACAGGGAAGCACGAGAAAAAGCAGAAAGGGAAGAAUACGAGCGAAAUAAUCCCAAAAUCCAACAACAAUUCGCGGACUUAAAACGAGCGCUAGGGACGGUCAGUGAUGAAGAUUGGGCGAACUUGCCCGAAGUGGGUGAUUUGACUGGAAAAAACCGACGAAGUAAACAAGAAUUGAGAAAGAGGUUCUAUGCCGUUCCAGAUAGUGUUAUUGCUGGAGCUCGAGAUACGACUGAGCUGGGAACUACUGUAAUGGAUGAUGGUGGGGAGAGUGCAGGAGGCGAUGGUCCCGAUGGGACCAUGACCAACUUUGCGGAUAUUGGAGCGGCGCGAGAUAAAGUACUCAAAGUAAAACUCGAUCAAGCGUCUCAAGGCACCGACUCGAUUUCUGGAAAUGCGACAAACAUUGACCCGAAAGGAUAUCUCACUAGUUUAGCCAAAUCCCAAAUCAACGAGGGAGAAACUCAGGUCGGUGACAUCGUCCGUGUUCGAACUCUGUUGGAAUCUGUUAUCAGAACAAAUCCGAAGCAUGCUCCAGGAUGGAUCGCGGCUGCUCGUGUCGAAGAGCUUGCAGGAAAGACGGUAGCGGCUCGGAAUAUUAUUGCUCGCGGUUGUGAGUAUUGUCCAAAGAGUGAGGAUAUAUGGCUCGAAAAUAUUCGACUGAACGACAAUCACAACGCAAAGAUUAUAGCUGCAAAUGCCAUCAAGAAUAAUGAUCGUUCAGUGCGGUUAUGGGUCGAAUCUAUGAAAUUAGAAUCAGAACCUAGAGCUAAGAAACGAGUCAUUAGGCUGGCUCUAGAUCACAUUCCACAAUCCGUAGGCCUCUGGAAGGAGGCUGUCAACCUAGAAGAGGAUCCCAGUGAUGCACGUCUACUUCUUGCCAAAGCUACUGAAAUUAUUCCUCUUUCAGUUGAAUUGUGGUUAGCACUUGCACGAUUAGAAACGUCCGAGAAUGCCCAAAAAGUCCUCAAUAAGGCUCGGAAAGCCAUUCCUACCUCCCAUGAAAUUUGGAUUGCUGCCGCACGUCUUGGUGAGCAAAUGGGUACCGCCUCUAAGAUAAAUGUUAUGAACCGUGCUGUCAAAGCUUUAGCGAAGGAAUCUGCCAUGUUGAAAAGAGAGGAUUGGAUUACCGAGGCAGAAAAGUGUGAAGAAGAGGGAGCAGUUUUGACCUGCGGUAACAUCAUUCGGGAAACUCUGGGAUGGGGCUUGGACGAAGAUGAUGAUCGGAAGGACAUUUGGAUGGAAGAUGCCAAAGCUAGCAUCAAUCGUGGAAGGUAUGAGACUGCUCGUGCCAUUUAUGCCUAUGCUCUUAGAGUUUUCGUUACUAGCACGAAACUUUGGCUGGCGGCCGCAGACCUAGAGAAGAAUCAUGGUACAAAGGAAGCUUUGUGGCAAUUACUUGAGAAAGCCGUUGAAGCACGUCCCACCAGUGAAGUCCUGUGGAUGAUGCUUGCCAAGGAAAAGUGGUUGGCUGGUGAAGUUGAUAAUGCACGAAGAGUUCUUGGUAAGGCUUUCAAUCAAAAUCCAAAUAAUGAGGAGAUUUGGCUUGCGGCUGUAAAACUAGAGGCAGAGAACCAGCAACCAGAACAGGCACGAGAGCUCCUUAAAACGGCACGACAAGAAGCUCCCACUGAUCGUGUAUGGACGAAGAGUGUAGCAUACGAGAGGCAAUUGGGCAAUAUUGAUGCAGCGCUGGAUCUCGCCAAUCAAGGAUUAAACCUAUUUCCUGGUGCUGCCAAAUUGUGGAUGAUGAAAGGUCAAAUCUACGAAAGCGAAGGCAAAAUGCCACAAGCUCGUGAAGCGUACAGUACAGGUACAAAAGCCUGUCCAAAGUCGGUACCACUUUGGCUCCUAUACUCGAGGCUCGAGGAGAGAGCUGGCAUGGUGGUCAAGGCACGUAGUGUUCUCGACAGAGCACGAUUAGCAGUUCCCAAAUCCCCAGAAUUAUGGACCGAAUCGAUAAGGGUUGAACGGCGUGCAAACAAUACCGCUCAAGCAAAGAUCAUGAUGGCGAAAGCUCUUCAGGAAGUACCCAAUAGUGGAUUACUCUACACAGAAUCAAUCUGGAAUUUGGAAGCACGAACGCAGAGAAAACCUCGUGCGUUGGAAGCUAUCAAGAAAGUCGACAAUGAUCCCAUCCUCUUUGUCACUAUUGCGCGCAUCUUCUGGGGGGAGAGAAGGUUGGAAAAGGCUCAGAAUUGGUUCGAGAAAGCUAUUUUACUGGAUAGUGAUUUGGGUGAUACAUGGGCUUGGUACUACAAGUUUUUGUUACAGCAUGGCACUGAAGUAAGUUCUCCUAGGCGUAACUCCGGUAUGAUGGUUGGCUUGACACUAAUCAAUUUGUGAAGGAAAAACGUGCAGAUGUCGUAUCCAAAUGUAUACUCAGCGAACCAAGACACGGGGAGUUUUGGCAAGCGGUGGCAAAGGAUCCAAAAAAUGCGGGUAAAAGUAUCGAGGAGAUAUUGAAAUUGGUUGUAGAUAAAGUGGAAUGAGGUGGAUUAGAGAUACUGAAGAAGGCGAGUGGUAAUGAUUGGUUGUAUGAUAAUGAAAUAAAUAUUCACGGGAAGGUUAGAGCUGUUGGAUUUGGGAAUCAAAUAAGCUCGUUGCAUUUAUACGAUUAAUCCGCGUUCUAUGUUUCUAUAAUGCGGAAUAGUUGUAUUUGUGUCAAUUUUUAUGUGAUGUCAUUUAGUUAUCUGUGUAGAAUUUUGGAAAGUCUCAUGGAUGAAGGAACUUUAA